CUUUAGCAAUGAUAACAUUAAUAGAUGAAGCAUAAUAAAUCAUAACGUGGGUUGGGCUUUGGAAUACGGCUGGACUGACGUGGACCCUUCUGGUCGUGCAUGGGCUGCAUGGGCCGACGUGGACCCUCUGGUAGCUCAUCACCGACGAGACUGAUACCCUGUUUUAACCGUGUAUUGACCAGUGGGCUAGUAAUGCCAAAUAAGUCUAUCCGGUUGGGGUGCUGACGGGAGGGGAAUGGACAGAAUCAAGAUCACACUAGCAGGUGUGAAGGAAGCACGAAUCAAAUCUCCGUUCCAGGUCCUGGUUAGCGGGUGAAUGUGCUAAUUCCUUUUUCUAAAUUCUUUGCGAUGAUGGCCACUGCCGUCGAGAAGCGGGUCAGGGAGGAGACCGGUGAAGGGCCAAACGGCGGAAGCGAUAAUGCCUCGAAGAAGCACCAGGGGGAAACUGAUGUCGGAGCCGGCGGAGAAGGAGGUGGGAAUUCUGCGGAGAAGGAGGAGGUGGUGUUGUGGAUGAAUUGUUUUUCGGGAAAGUGGGAACCCAUGACCGCCCGUUAUUUAGUUCAGGAUUUCCACCGGUUGGUUACCUUUAUGCAAGACAAUACCCCUAUCCCCGAUAGACAGACUAGGGGGUUGCUGGAUUUGGUGAAGAAGGGUCACCCGGAGCCGGAGAAAAUGAUUGGUUGUGGGGUCGAAUCAUUUCAAGUCCGAGAACACUCAACGUGUACCAGCUUCCGCACCUUCUUUCUUGUAAGGAAAGAUGGUUCCAGGGAGGAUUUCUGCUUCAGAAGCUGUGUUAACAAAAUCCUUCCCUUGCCCAAAGAUUUGAGAGGCCAUGGUAUUGGCAUUGAUGCUGUUUGUUUAUGCCAUUUGGGAGGCUGGGAUGCUGUGAGGGCUGCUAAGGAACGAGAAGGAGGAGCCAGAGAAAUACUAGCUCGGCGUUUGGAGGAGAAAUUGGCUACCUUUUUCAGCUUUGGUACAUCCAAGUUCAUGGAUUCCUCUCAUAUGUUUCAUUAUUACUACUCUCUGCUUCUUGGUUCGCCGCUUAAUCAGGCGAUCACCGAGAAAGCGCACCUUAUGUUACUAGAGUUGCUAAGGAAGGGCGAUCCAGAGUCGGAGAGAAAGAUUGGUUCUGGGAUUGAAUCGUUUCAAGUCCGAAUCCAUCCAGCGUACGGCAGCGAGUUGCGAAGCUUCUACCUCGUUAGGGAAGAUGGUUCCAUGGAGGAUUUCUGCUACAUUAAGUGUGUUGACAACUUCUUGCCCUUGCCAGAGGAACUCAGAGAAACAAUUGCUGGUCCUUGCAGCUGUCAUCAUAAAGAAGACGGCCAAGAUGGAGUCACCUUGGGUAUGAGCAGAUUUCGGAGCUCGGCUGAGAUGGUUUCGUACUUCGAGAAACUCUUCGUAGCCUGGCCACUUAAUACUCCUUUGAACUCUGAGGUUGAGUACAAGAUAGUGUUGGAUUUGCUGAAGAAGGGUGAUCCAGAGUGGGAGGAGAAGAUGAAGCCUGGUUCUGGUUCGGGGGGGAUCCCUUCAUUUCAAAUCCGAGAAUGGGAAACGUUGUGGGACAAUCGAUCAUUCUUCAUUGUUUGGGAAGAUGGUUCUAUGGAACCUUUCUGCGUCAUGACCUGUAUCGACAACAUCCUUCCAUUGCCGAUAGAAUAUCAAAGUCUAAGUGCAAAUUUUGAUAGUGGUGGUAGAAGUGGUCGUGGAGGAGGCAAACGUGGAGCUGGCAAAGCAACAAGAAGAGGCCGUGGCCGUGGCCGUCACUGACUGGCAUACUUUGGUCAAGGUUUUGGGAUAUAGUUUUGUGCUGGUAUUAGCCAAAGACUUCAUGUAUUUAUAUUGCAAGAUCUUUUUUAUUGGAUUGACUUCCUUUCGUUGUGUGGAUUCAGGUGAUAAGUUUGUAUGGUGAACUCAUCAAAUUCAAGAAUUACAUUUCUGGCGAGAAAUAUCCUACUUACUUUUUUUUAAUUGAUGAAGUAAUACCACUUAAGUUAAUUUAGGCUUAGGGGGUCAGGUCAGUUACCACUUAAUUUUAAUUCCAAUUUUAGUGUAGCUAAACAUAAGGUGUAUAAUCAUGCACCUAUUAAUAACUAAAUCUAGAUCUUUCAUUUAAAAAAUCCAUAUCUAAGGAUGAAAAAUUAAAUGUCAUUUUUAGUUUCUUUAGCUUUAUUAAUCGGCUCAUAUCUUUUUCGUUUUAACUUGGAUUUCAAUUUUUUUUUUUUUUUGCACAGAUGGAACGAGUUCGUUUUGCUCUACAAAACGAGAUCCAUUUUCAAUAUUUUUUGAGAAAAAAAUUUCGUGUCUCUCGGUACCAACUGCAUACCAUAUGGUAUUUUCUUCAUUUUUAAUUCGUUUUUGAAAAUGUUUGCACAGAAGGAACGAGUUCAUCAUGAUCUAUUGGAUCUACAAAUUUCUGGGUGAACAAAUUACAAGACCAAAAAAUACCACACAGUACCAUACAAUACCACCCUGGUACGAGGUGGUAUCUUGUGGUACAUAAUGUUAAAAGUCGUAAAUGACAGUUAAUAUACUUCUACUAUCAUGUAUUUAAUCAUCUUACAGUCUGUCUUAGUUUGCACAUACCACCAUGGUACGCUUUUCAAACCAUAAUUAUGCUCUUAUUUCAAUACUAGUCAAUACCAUAUGGUAUAGACUGGUAAAAAAUGGCUCAAUUUUUUUGUUCCAAAAAAAUAUUAAAGUGGAUAUCAUUUUGAAAAGCACAUUUAAUCUAAUUUAUCAGUGCAAAAAAUUUAAAUUUCGACUCAAAACGAAAGGGCAAUCGUCCGAUAAUACCACUUAAGUUAAUUUAGGCUUAGGGGGUCAGGUCAGUUACCACUUAAUUUUAAUUUCAAUUUUAGUGUAGCUCAAGAUAAGGUGCAUAAUCAUGGUUAUGCACCUAUCAAUAACUAAAUCUAGAUCUUUCAUUUAAAAAAUCCAUAUCUAAGGAUGAAAAAUUAAAUGUCAUUUUUAGUUUCUUUAGCUUUAGUAAUCGGCUCAUAUCUUCUUCGUUUUAACUUGGAUUUCAUUUUUUUUUUUUUUGCACAGAUGGAACGAGUUCGUUUUGCUCUACAAAACGAGAUCCAUUUUCAAUAUUUUUUUAGAAAAAAAUUCGUAUCUCUCGGUACCAACUACAUACCAUAUGGUAUUUUCUUCAUUUUUAAUUCGUUUUUGAAAAUGUUUGCACAGAAGAAACGAGUUCAUCAUGAUCUAUUGGAUCUACAAAUUUCUGGGUGAACAAAUUACAAGACCAAAAAAUACCACACAAUACCAUACAAUACCACCCUGGUACGAGGUGGUAUCAUGUGGUACAUAAUGUUAAAAGUCGUAAAUGACAGUUAAUAUACUUCUACUAUCAUGUAUUUAAUCAUCUUACAGUCUGUCUUGGUUUGCUCAUACCACCAUGGUACGCUUUUCAAACCAUAAUUAUGCUCUUAUUUCAAUACUAGUCAAUACCAUAUGGUAUAGACUGGUAAAAAAUGGCUCAAUUUUUUUUUGUUCCAAAAAAAUAUUAAAGUGGAUAUCAUUUU